AUGGAGUUCUCUUUCAAGUCUGAGUACACAAACUGGUGGGUUUUUACACUUCCAGCUCUUGUGGAAACCCAAAACUUAUCCAAGGGUUUGAUUUUGCUUUUCAUUCUCAUUGUAUUUCUCUCCAUUGGACUUCUAAGCUGGGCAUUUUCUGCGGGAGGUGCAGCUUGGAAAAAUGGAAGAAACCAGAUGGGUCGGGUCUCAAUCCCAGGUCCGCGAGGUAUUCCCAUUUUUGGUAGCUUAUUCAGCUUAAGCCAUGGGUUGGCUCAUCGUACACUUGCCUCCAUGGCUUUGAGCAGCGCUGCCACUCAGCUCAUGGCCUUCAGCCUCGGCUCAACCCCUACAGUAGUUUCUUCCGAGCCUUGCACUGCUAGGGAGAUAUUGACCUCACCUCAAUUCGCUGACCGCCCCAUCAAACAGUCAGUUAAGAGCCUUAUGUUCAGCCGAGCCAUCGGGUUUGCACCUAAUGGGGCUUACUGGAGGCUACUGAGAAGAAUAUCAUCGUCUCACCUCUUCGCGCCAAAGCGCAUAGCAGCUCACGAAGGUGGACGGCAGCUGGACUGCACCGCCAUGUUACAGUCCAUUGCAAAAGAACAAUCAGCAAAUGGGGCUGUUGUUCUGCGGAAGCACCUUCAAGCUGCUGCCCUCAACAAUAUAAUGGGGACAGUUUUCGGAAAAAGGCUUAAUCCAGUGGAAGAUAGAAUGGAGGCUAGAGAAUUGCAUGAGAUUGUCAAAGAAGGCUUCGAGCUUUUGGGAGCUUUCAACUGGUCCGAUCAUCUGCCGUGGCUGAACUACUUUUAUGACCCUUUCGGUAUCAACCAGCGUUGCUCCGCUCUUGUUCCUCGAGUCAGAAAACUCGUCAAAGGGAUUAUUAAAGAACACCAACUCAGUGGUUCCAACAAGCUCUCAGAUAAGUCAGAUUUCGUAGAUGUUUUGCUGUCUCUGGAUGGUGAAGAGAAGCUUGAAGAGGAAGAUAUGGUGGCCGUUUUAUGGGAAAUGAUCUUCAGAGGUACUGAUACAACGGCGCUCUUAACUGAGUGGGUCAUGGCUGAGUUAAUCCUGAACCCCAAGGUUCAAGCCAAGCUUCACGAGGAGCUCCAUCUCACUACUCUAGGAAACAAGGCCAUCACCGACGCUAACGUGGCUAAAUUGCCCUAUCUUCAAGCUGUGAUCAAGGAGACCCUACGUGUCCACCCACCUGGGCCUCUCCUCUCAUGGGCCCGCCUGUCCACGUCAGACGUCCACCUCAGCAAUGGCAUGGUGAUCCCUUCCAACACCACUGCAAUGGUCAACAUGUGGGCCAUCACACAUGAUCCAAAUCUCUGGAAAGACCCUCUGGCCUUCAAGCCAGAGAGGUUUUUACCCUCUGCUGGCGGUGCUGACGUGGACGUGAGAGGCUGUGACUUGCGGCUCGCCCCGUUCGGGGCUGGUCGUAGGGUUUGUCCAGGGAAGAACCUAGGGCUGGUGACAGUGAGCCUUUGGGUGGCUAAGUUGGUGCACCAUUUCGACUGGGUUCAGGACAUGGCUCAGCCGGUUGACCUGAGUGAGGUGCUGAAGCUGUCAUGUGAAAUGAAGAACCCUCUCUCUGCUGUGCCUGUUCCCAGGAGUGGUGCAAUUCAUAUAUAAGUUAUUUAAGGGCUUGGCUUUGUUCUUUCUAUUUCUCUUUCUCUAAGUGUUUGUGCAAUGCUGCAGUCUAGGGUUUCUAUGGCUCAAGUUUUGAAAAGGGUUGUUUUUGCUGUCGGUGGGUGAUAAAGAUGGUGUGUGUUUUCUACCAUUAAUAAUGAUGUAAUGUUGCUUUUGAAGAA